AUGAUUUGCCACCAGACCAAGGUUCACUUCCUGAGACUAUACUUCCUCAGCCUUUCUCACUCAACACACCUCAAGCUUCACAUUCACAUCAGCAACUGCGAGAUGACAAUGGAGAACCUGAACGUUUCCAACAGUUCUGUCUAUACUUCAGUGGGUGUGCUAACCACCAGUACUGUUCUGGGAGUCUGCUGUGCGCUGGGUGUGCCAGGUAAUGUGGCAGUGCUGGUAAUGCUCGUGCAACAUUUAAAGGAGGGAAGCUUCACUCCAAAAUUGAUGAUGAGUCUGGCUGUCUCUGAUCUGCUGAGUCUGAUCUUUCUGCCUGUGUGGAUCUAUGCUCUCCUGAAUGGCUGGAGUUUUGGCCAAGGUCUGUGCAAGUUUUUCUCCUACGUUGUGUACUGGAGUCUGUACAGCAGCGUGUUUUGCAUGACCCUGAUGAGUGUCCAGAGGUACCUACAGGUUCUGUAUCCGCAGCGGUGGGCUAAACUUGGAAGACGUGGUGAAAAUGGACUCAUUUGUGGGAUUUGGACAUUAAGUGGCAUUUUGGGCUCUCAUGCUCUCAUUUAUCGAAUGGCUGAUCAGAUUAAAAAGAAGAUGCACUGUUAUCCAGCCUAUAAGAAUCAUCAAGAAAAAAAUGCUAUCAUACUUAUGGAGACUGUUGUGCUGUUUCUUGUACCUUUUAUAUGCCUUGUCUGCUUCUACCUUCGACUCCAUAAAAGGAUAAGUCAGUCGUCUUCUUUCAACAGUCACAGGUUGACAAAACUGUCAGUGAGAAUUGUUGUGACGUUCUUUAUAUUCAGCACUCCCUUUGCGUGAACCCCUUUCUUUAUGCCUUCUCAGCCCGAACGCUACGAUGCAGAGGCAGAGCGCAUUCAAACCAUCCACACGAUACAAAUCCGAAUGAGU